AUGGCAGAAAAGAUGCUCGCACGACACGCAGUAACCAAGGUGCCAAAACUCAAAGCACCGAUGAAGCUAUGGCAGCUACAGAUUCGUCAUCCAAUCGAGGCAGGGGAGGCCACAGAGGGUCUAACCGUGGGGGAUGGGGCAGGGGCAACAGACCUCACCUGCCCUGUUGGAACUGCGGCUCGCGUGAGCAUUUUAAAGCUAAAUGCCCAGAGCCUGAGAAGACACCGAGAGGAUGAUGCCGUGUUCACAGUCGAUUCCGAUGUGGUGUUCAAGCUUGGGCUAGCCUCGCAGAAGCCCUUUUUCAUAUAG